CACACCUCCGUUCACACCUCUUUCUAUCCCAUUUUAUACAUCCCUCGCAGGCACACACCACUACUUCCCUCACACCCACCUCUCACCUCACCCCCCAACCCCUCCUCAAAAUGGUAUCAGCCUACUUCUACAACGACCUCGACACGACCGACGGCCGCAACCCGCAUCAAUACACGCCCAACCGCCCGGUCUCGCUCGACCAGUUGGCGGCUUUGGGGGUGCUGCAUUGGCAUUUGGAUGUGAAGAGUGAGGGGUAUAUGGAUGUUGUGGAAGGGAUCUGUGUGGAACGGGCUUAUAAGAAUCGGGAUGAGAUAACAAUAUCCCGCGAGAAACUCCCAAACUACGAAGAAAAGCUUAAAACCUUCUUCACGGAACACAUCCACGAGGACGAAGAGAUCCGGUUCAUCCUCGAAGGAUCCGGCUAUUUCGACAUCCGCGCGCCGAACGAUGCGUGGAUCCGGAUUAAGUGUGAGCAGGGGGAUAUGAUUAUACUGCCCGCGGGAAUGUACCACCGUUUCACCCUCGACACGACCAACUACCUUAAAGCGAUGCGGCUGUUCAAGGAGGACCCGAAAUGGACGCCGCUGAAUAGGAACCCGGACACCGAUGCGAAUUCGUACCGCACAAAUUACCUGAAUACAGUGGCGUACCCGGCCUCGGAGCGCUUUGCGGCGGAGGUUAAUUGAGAGGGGAGCGACGGCGGCCGUUGGAUUGCGCUUGGGGAGCGCGUAGUAGUUCAACCCAGGGGACAUUUUUUGUAUAGUGACAUUUCCUUCUUUGCCUUCCACACUUUUUCUUGCAUGUAACCCUUUAGGCUGAUGCCUCAUUAUGCCGGCUGUCACGUCGGCCAGUCGUAGCAUAGUACGACAUAGUUUGCAAUAGCAACAACAUAAAACUGGCGUAGUAAAGAUCUGCU